AUGGGCCGCAAGCUCUUCCUGAGCCAUCUGGCUGACGCCACCGACCUGGAAAUCGAGAAUAUCCACAGCAUCCAUAGCCCCGAAGAGGGUGUCGUUGCCUUCACCUAUGCCUCUCUCAACAGCCAAGUUGACCAAGUCAACAUUCAGGCUUUCGCCAAUGAUCUUGGAGAAUAUCCGGACGGUAACUCAUUUGUGUUGUGUUCAAAUGACGCCUCCCUCGAUCCCGUCGUUGGAGAAACACUGCACAAAGCCACCGAAAAUGCCCACGGCAAAUCUAUUGUCAAGCUGUUGACCGAAGUCGCGGCGCUGUUGGCAACGGCCAUGACAAAAGGUCGCAACCAAGAAGAUACCACAACCGACCAUGUGAUGGAGGACGAUGGAUUUGAUUUCGCGUUUGAGGGUGAUUCUGACGAUGAAUGUUUUGGUCUAGCUGCCCAAGGCACAAGCAGCACAGAGGUCGGCUCCAAGGACAUCAUCGACAUCGCCAGCUCGUCAGCUGAUUCGCGGGACAAAAUGGAAAAUAUACUUCCAGAUAUUCAAGCCCUCAAGCUGUCAGGCUUCCGUGUCGGCAUUUUUGGAAACAUCGCCUCCGCCGGUAUCCUAUGUGUUUCAAUCCGAGUUUCCAAACUCGGCCUCUCGGACGAAGCACUGCAGGCAUGGAAUGUGCCGCGAAAGCAUUACUUCGUGUUGCUGAUCAGAUACACGGGAGGCUAUCUGGACGCCGCCAGAGCUAUCAAGGACCCGGAUCUGGCAGGAUCCUUAGGGAUGCGAGUGGGCCUCUGUGAUCACUACAAGCCGUCCCUCCGCGCAGUCCUCGCUCUCUAUCAGUACACGAAGGCAGACAGUGCAACCUCAGCAGACGAUCCUGACGCGAAAUCAAACGAUCACCACGCAUUCCGAGCACUAUUCAUCGGCAAUGCAAUCAACCAGUUCCUCCAAGAACGGGCCCUCAAAAUCAUCUCAGCUCGGGAUUUCUAUCAGCUCAGUUGGCUCGGUGCAGAGAAGUUUAUCAACGAGAGACAAGCGACUCCUUCCUCUUCGAGUGUUGACGACAUGAAACCCUAUGACUGCAACGAUGACGAUCGCGCAAGCAAUCUUCCCCCGAUAGUCGUGGCGGACCAUAUGCGCCAAAGUCGGUCUGAGAAGCCUUCUUUGCCACUAAUCCUGAUGCAGUUUGCCCUUAGACACUUCGUUCGAUGCACAGAAUUCUGCCUCGUAUGCCAUUGCCGGGUCGACGACGGGUUCGAAGCCUUGAAACCAUACGUCUGCCUGAAGCCUCUCUGUCUCUACCAGUUUAUGUCGCUUGGUUUCGGCCCUCGCCUGGAAUGGGAAAUUAUGGGCCAACCAUACGUUGUCGACCUUCUGGUCAGCUUUUGCUAUGCAGCUGCUUCCAGUGGCAGACUCAAGGAGUUUCCUAUUGUCCAUGGUCGCGUCAAGAGUGUGGAGCUCCCUCAGGUUUGGCUUGACGCAACAAUCACUGUUCCAUCUCCGGGGCUACUUCCUAGCUUCGGCCGUGCCGCUGAAGAGUCUGGAGAAGACGACUCCUACCGCGAAGCGGAUUGCUAUCUGUACGACAAGACCUUUGAUAGCCUCGAUCAAGAACAGCAGGGAGGUGCCAUCAUGACGUUACUGGACGUCCUCCCACCUGUGAUCGAGAUGCGCCGCUCCUUGAAAAGCCAAGGACAAAGUCAAGAGCCCUGCCUCAAAGCAUGCUCUAGGCAGAUUCCAGAGCCGGCAUUGAAUCUUCUGCGUUGGAUUGUCGCCUCCAACAGGUCUUGCAUCAUGCAAGUCGACGACAUUGGCGGCGGCGACGGCGACUUAGUUUGCGGAAAGCCCGAAGACCGUGUUGGAGGAAUGGAUUCUUGGGUCCAGUUUCGCUUUGCGCAAGGAGCUCCUGACAAAGAGAAGCGAUUCAAUCGCAGCGUGAAGCAACAUGCGCAGGCCACUGGAACCAAAUACCCGACCCUUUUUGCGUGGCACGGUAGUCGAAUGGGCAACUGGCAUUCGAUCGUACGACAAGGCCUCCGAUAUGAUGAGAUCCUCAACGGCAGAUCAUACGGGCAUGGCAUCUACAUGAGCCCCCACGCGUUCGUAAGUUUGGGAUAUAGCAAGGAGCCUGUUAUUGAGUAUAGAAAGUGGCAAGGCACCGUUUUCAAAACUACCAAGGUGAUUUCCCUGCAGGAAGUUGUGAACGACCCCGCGCAAUUCACCUCUACCAACCCACACUAUGUGGUCCCCGAGGUCGACUGGGUGCAGACUCGAUAUCUAUUUGUCCAGACCAAGGAUAGACCGCUUCGUAAGGACUUGGAGAGCCAAAUCUACGAGCAGGAUCCGGAUCGACCGGCCCACAACGAAAUGGGCCAGCCGAUAACAAUCCCGAUAACCGCCAUAUCUAAGACUCGAAGACCCGGUAACACUAUUAAUACCGUCGGAACGCCUUCCGGGAAGCGUACCAAGAAACUCUCGGAAACAGACUUGGCAACGGCCGAGCAACAAGAGGAGUAUGCAGACAGUGUCGUGUCGGAUCCGGACGACCUCGCGGCGUUUCAUAUGCUCGAUCAAACGUAUGACUAUCUUGAACCUAGCAUCAAUGCUAGAAGUCUUUGCGUCAACAGCAAGAAGCGGCCAGCAGAAGCGGCAGGAGAUACCGAUUUCGUACCUGGCAAACUGGACGUUACGAAUAUCAAGUUCAUGGACCCGCCGCAGGACGCUAAUCCUAUGGCCACCAAGGCACUCAUGCGUCUACUCAAAGAUGCACUCAACACCCAGGAAACCACUCCGCCAGCCACACUCGGUUGGUACAUCGAUCGCAAUUUGAUCAGCAACAUGUACCAAUGGAUUGUGGAAUUGCACAGCUUUCCGAAAGAUCUACCAUUGGCUAAGGAUAUGAAAGUUGCGGGAGUGACAUCAAUUGUCGUGGAAAUGCGGUUCACCAGCCAAUACCCCUUCAGCCCCCCUUUCAUUCGAGUGGUCAAGCCUCGCUUUCUGCCGUUCCGCCGAGGCGGAGGCGGGAAUAUCACCGAAGGAGGUGCAAUGUGCAUGGAGGUGUUGACAAAUAACGGGUGGUCUGCCAGCCUUACAGUUGAAAGCCUCUUGCUGCAAGUGCGGCUAGUAAUCUCUGAUACAGAGCGGCCUGCGAGGCUCGCUGGUCAGCUCGGCUCUACCUAUGGUGUUGGAGAAGCAAAGGCGGCAUACAUUCGUGCGUGUCUCGGCCACGGGUGGACAAUUCCCGCCGGGUUUGAGACGAUCCAGGAGUAG